AUGUGGAAGCAAAGCUCGCGAGUUGCUGUCGUGGCUAGGAGCCGUGCCCUGCUGCCGCGUCGCGCUGGUGCUGAAACGGAACCUGAAUGGAAGCUUUACGAAGAGGGCGACCCCAAUCUCUUCGAUAACUGGAAGGGCAAGGCACCUGGCGCGCUGGCGGAGCAAGUGGACAUUGAUCCGAAUGAUUGGCAUGCGAUGACCCCCGACUACGACACGUCGGUGUCUAUCCAACAUGCUCUCAUCUCCUUGGGCACCGCCUUUGGCGUUCUUGCGGGCUUCUACUACUUCUGCAAGGCCAUCGCCCCCGAGCCCGCCCUCAUUCCACGCAACGACUGGCGCACGGUGCCGCCCAGCAUCGUAAACGACCAACCCGGCACUCCCUACACGCCCCGUCCGCAGUAA